AUGCUUCUGCAGGACACUGUUCUUCCAAAACAGCUGCACCAGGCCAAGGAGCCUCUGCCCUCAGUGAGCACUCUCCCUGCUGCUCCUGAACCACAUGCUCAGGAGAUGACUUUUGAAGAGCCUGAGAAUCGUGAGGGAGAAGCUUUCCCCCGCCAGCGAAAUGUUGCAGGACCCAGCCAACCUGUGCCUCAUCCACCACCUCCCCCUUUCCCUUCACAAUAUGGACCAGCUCCUCCUCUCCAGCAAGCUCCUCAUUUACAGUACCCUCCUACAUUUCCCCAUGUUCCUCCACAUCUGCACCCCCAAUACCCUUAUCCUCCUCCAUUCCCCCAUGCUCCACCUUUUCAAUAUGCUCCUCCACUUCCACAAGCUCCUCCAUUCCCUCAAGCUCCUCCACUCCCCCAUGCUCCUCCGUGUCCCGAGGCUCCUCCGCUGCAGCACCCUCCAGCAGGCCUUCCCUCUCAGCCAAGGCAGCGUGCAUGGAGGCUGAAUAAAGCUGCCCAGGAGGAUGAGGAGCGAGCAUUAAGGGGCGAACCACCGAAGAAGAGGUUGGCCAAAGAAAAGUACCACUACACCUGCAAGCAGUGUGGUGAGAACAAGAGCAAGACCACAGGACACACGCAGGUGAAGGGGCGGUGGUACUGUCCGGCCUCAGGUCUGACCCUGGAAGACUGGAGGAGGAGCCUCAACUGA